CAUGUUGCGGUUGCCGGCAGUGUUGCUGGGCUAGGGGCUGUGGUGCUUUUCGAGCGCCGCCGAGGGAGGCUCCAGCCGGGCUGUAUGGGCCACUUUCUCUCGCGGAAGGGAACCGGCCUGAACGCGGAGAGGAGCCGCCGGCGCAGCCGCCCCCUGAGGGGGAAGGUGCCUCCGUCGCGCCGCCGGAGCUGCUUCCUGCGCGGGCCCUGCAUGCUCUGCUUCCUUGUCCACGGCGCCAGCCCCUCCGCCCGCCCAGACCCGCCGCCGCCGGCCCGCCGCGGCUCCCCCCCGCCUCUCCUCUACGCCGCCCUGCAGGCCCCGGAGGAACGCGCCGCUCGCCGCCUUCUGCGCCUGCCGCCCGUGGCCACCGCCGCCGCCUGGGAAGCGCGGGGCCGCCGUUGGCUGCUCCCCGGCCUGCUGUUGCCGCCGCCGCCGCCGCCUCCUCCGCGGGGCUUCCUGGCGCCUGCGCUGCAGCCUGGCGAAGCCGGCGCGGAGAUGGUGUGCAAGCGCAAAGGAGUCGGCGUGCACGCUUGUCCGCCCCGCAAGCAGCCCCGCUGCGCUGCCGCCGGAGCCGAGAGCCCUUCGCCGUCCCCCGAGGCUGCCGGCCGCCAACAGGGCGCCUUGCCCGACUCGCACCUCUGCCCGCUGCCCCGCGCCUUGGAUUACACCGAGCUAGAGGCCUCGCCGAAAGAGCCGGCCGGGGAGGACGCGGGCGAGAGGAAGGCAGCGCCGUCGGAGGACGCCCCUCAGCCGCCUGAGCCGGGCGGGAGGGAGAGGCGCGAGUCCCGCGAGCCUGACUGUGAGGAGCCACCCGAGAACCCCGGCGACUGUUGCCCGGAGCCUCAGCCGCCCUCCCCCGACAUCAACCAGCUGCCCCCCUCCAUCCUUCUCAAGAUAUUUUCCAACUUAUCCUUGAAUGAGCGAUGUCUUUCAGCAUCUUUAGUUUGUAAAUAUUGGCGUGAUCUCUGCUUAGAUUUUCAGUUCUGGAAACAGUUGGAUCUUAAUAAUCGUCAGCAGGUCACUGAUGAAUUGCUGGAAAAAAUUGCAUCAAGAAGUCAGAAUAUAAUUGAAAUCAAUAUUUCAGAUUGCCGAAAUAUAUCAGAUACCGGAGUAUGUGUGCUUGCAUUUAAAUGUCCUGGACUUCUGCGGUAUACUGCCUACAGAUGUAAACAGCUGUCCGAUGCAUCCAUAAUUGCAGUGGCCUCGCAAUGCCCUCAACUGCAGAAAGUACAUGUGGGCAACCAAGACAAGCUUACUGAUGAAGGACUCAAACAGCUGGGCUCCAAGUGCAGAGAACUGAAAGAUAUUCAUUUUGGGCAGUGCUACAAUAUCUCAGAUGAAGGAAUGAUUGUCAUAGCUAAAGGUUGUUUAAAGCUACAACGAAUAUAUAUGCAAGAAAACAAAUUGGUGACAGAUCACUCUGUUAAAGCAUUUGCUGAACACUGUCCUCAGUUGCAGUAUGUUGGGUUUAUGGGCUGUUCUGUUACAUCUAAAGGAGUCAUACACCUUACCAAUCUAAGAAACCUUUCGAGCUUGGAUCUACGGCAUAUCACAGAAUUGGAUAAUGAAACAGUGAUGGAAAUAGUAAAGAGAUGCAAAAACCUCACCUCUCUCAAUCUCUGUCUGAACUGCAUUAUUAAUGACAGAUGUGUAGAGGUCAUUGCUAAAGAAGGACGGAAUCUGAGAGAGCUUUACUUGGUGUCCUGUAAGAUCACAGACUAUGCACUGAUAGCCAUUGGGCGAUACAGUAUGACAAUAGAGACUGUAGAUGUAGGAUGGUGCAAAGAAAUCACAGAUCAGGGAGCCACUCAAAUUGCUCUAAGUAGCAAGUCUCUCAGAUAUUUGGGACUGAUGAGAUGUGACAAGGUAAAUGAAGUGACUGUAGAACAACUAGUGCAGCGGCAUCCACACAUAACUUUUAGUACUGUACUACAAGACUGCAAGAGGACCUUGGAACGGGCAUACCAGAUGGGUUGGACACCCAACAUGUCCACUGCUUCUUAACUCAUUACAUGAUAUUAAUUUCUGCAGUCAGCAGAUUUGAACUGAACAAUGUUUGUCAACCUAAACCUCUGCAGGUGUCUAAGCAGUUACUGAGGGCUUGCAGUUUUUCUUGAUGCAAUAUACAUUUAAGUUUACAUAAAAUGGAAACACUAUUUGUUUUUUUAAAACUAUGUGUUGAUGAAUGAAAAAGUUGUUUAAAAAAGCAUUCUACUUUUUCUGUAUGCAUAAAUCCAAUGUUAAAAAGCCUUUGGCAUCUUUCUUGAAGUGGGUUCCUGCUAGUUCUGUGGGUAGUUUCAGCUAUGUAAUAUAUGGCCUUUUUAUAUAUCUUCCUUUGCUUUAGCUGUUCGUAUUGAUUUGUAAGUGUAACUACUUUUCCUGAGCUCUGUUUAGAGUCUAUAAAGCUAUUGAGGCUACCCACAUGAGUGUUUUGAGAUGUACAGUUAUGAAAUCUCAAUUAACUGUGAUUAAAAAAUAUAUAACAUUUUGAU